AGUGAAUUCGCACGAGGGAGGGUAAAUCCUUCUUUCUAGCAAAAGAUACAACCCGCUCCAGGUAUUGUGAGGGCGCCCCAAGCCCUCCCCCCACGAAAAAAUAUUCCCACUUUCCUGCUUUCCCUCCUUCGUGAUGUUUGUUCCCAGAGAUUUAUGGCGGAGGAGCCUCGGAUCGAGGGCGGAGCUCCGGCGGCUUCUCCUCUGGCGCGGCCUUGCCUCCUUUUCGGCCGCUCCGCCGUCGCUCCCGCCGUUCGACCACCAGCCGCGGCCGUACAAGGGGAUGCCGGGGGAGGAGAUCCUCUGGAAAAGGAAGACUUUUCUUGGUCCCUCGCUCUUCUACUACUACCAGAAGCCACUCAACAUUGUGGAAGGGAAGAUGCAAUAUCUUUAUGAUGAGAACGGAAGGCGUUAUCUUGAUGCGUUUGCUGGAAUAGUUACGGUGUCUUGUGGGCACUGUCAUCCCGAUGUGGUGAAUGCCGUGGUGGAGCAGACUAAGCUUCUUCAGCACACCACCACCAUUUACUUGCAUCAUGCCAUUGUUGAAUUUGCAGAAGCUCUGGCAUCAAAAAUGCCAGGAAAUCUGAAGGUUGUUUAUUUUGUCAAUUCCGGGACUGAAGCAAAUGAAUUAGCAAUGAUGAUGGCUCGACUCUAUACUGGUAACUUGAGCAUGAUUGCCUUGAGAAAUGCAUAUCAUGGUGGAAGUUCUGGAACAAUAGGGCUGACAGCUCUCCAUACUUGGAAAUACCCGAUCCCUCAGGGUGAGAUUCAUCAUGUCAUGAACCCUGAUCCUUAUCAUGGGGCAUUUGGCUCUGAUGCUGUACAUUAUGCCAAAGAAGUUCAAGAUCAUAUUAACUAUGGUAGUCCUGGAAAUGUUGCAGGUUUCAUUGCAGAAACUUUUCAGGGUGUUGGCGGGGCAGUUGAAUUGGCCCCUGGAUACCUCAAAUUGGUGUAUGAUAUUGUUCGUAAGGCUGGUGGAGUCUGCAUAGCUGAUGAGGUUCAGAGUGGGUUUGGUCGCACUGGAAGCCAUUAUUGGGGAUUUGAGACACAGGGUGUCAUUCCAGAUAUUGUCACGAUGGCAAAGGGUAUUGGGAAUGGUCUACCAUUAGGAGCAGUCGUUACUACGCCUGAGAUAGCACAAGUGAUGGCACAAAAAAUUCAAUUUAACACCUUUGGUGGGAAUCCUGUGUGCUCUGCUGGUGGCCAUGCAGUACUCAAGGUUCUAGAUAAUGAAAAACGUCAAACACAUUGUGCUGAUGUUGGUUCCCGCUUGAUUGAACGAUUAAAAAUUCUUCAGCAAAAGCAUGAAAUCAUAGGAGAUGUCAGAGGCAGGGGAUUGAUGUUGGGAGUAGAAUUUGUUACUGAUAGGAAAGAGAAGACACCUGCCAAAGUAGAAACAGCAAUACUAUUUGAGAAGCUUAAGGAUCUGGGAGUGCUACUUGGGAAAGGGGGCAUACAUGGAAAUGUCUUCAGAAUAAAACCUCCGAUGUGCUUCACCAAAGAGGAUGCAGACUUCCUUGUGGAUGCACUGGAUUAUGCCAUUUCAGGUAUGUGAGCUCAUUGUCAUUACAAGAGCAAUAAAAGAGUUUCCAUUGCUUUUCUUUAGCACCAAUUCAAGUGGAGGAAGGAGUUCUGCAGUGACGCAAAGAAUUCUCUUAAGUCUUUGGGGAGCAUGCAUGUCCUUGUCUCCUUUGGGAUGAAAGGUAUGGAGAGAUGUAAGUAAAUGAAACUCGGUUCAUGUGAACAUAUCAACUUGAAUUUUGCAGAAAGCAUUGGAUGAAAUAAAAGAAAUUCAUUCAGAGUAAAA